AUGGCGUCCGUCAUCCACGCAGCAUCGCGCGUCGCGCCCGCGCCGCCUCGCGCGCGCGCGCGAUUCGCCCGCGCGUCGUCCUCCUCGUCCGUCGCGCGCGGCUCCGCGGUCGCGAGAAGGACGAUGUUGAAUCGCCGCCGUUCCGCGGGACGAUCGGCGAUCGCCCCGAUCCUCCGCGCCGUGGCGUCCUCCGACGCGGACGAGGCGAUGAAGUCCGAGGAGUCGGCGUACGACAAGCGAAAGGAAGAGUCCGAGGCCGCGGGCGUCAAGGAGAACGAGAUCCGCCCGCCGCGCGGGGGCGACCCGCCGCCGACGGGCGGACGGUGGGAGUGGACGCUGAACUGGGACCCCGUCGUGUUCGACGCGUCCGCGUCGCCGCCCGCCGCGAUCGAGUCCCCGACCGACGCGCAGCUGGCGUCGUCGAAGCUCGUCAUCGGCUCGUGCCCGCGCUCGCCCGCGGAUGUCGACCGCCUCAUCGACGAGGGCGGCGUCGAGGCCAUCAUCUGCCUGCAGUGCACGCUGUGCCACGGCGCGCUCGAGAUCGACUGGGAACCCAUUCGACGCCGCGCGUUGGACCGCGACGUCCCCAUCGUCCGCGUCGCCGUGCGCGACUUCGACCGGCUCGACCAGGCGAAGAUGCUCCCGGAGAUGGUUCGAAAGCUCGCGCUGUUUCAGGCCAUGGGGAAGCGGACGUACGUGCACUGCACCGCGGGAAUCAAUCGCGCGUCGCUCACGGUGCUCGGAUACCUCACGUUUUGUAAGGCGCGUCCCCUAGCUAGUAUGACGCCGUUCCCGUACGACCGCGUCGGCGUCGUGAACGCCGAUCCUUAA